UUUUUCUGUCUUUGUCAACAGCUCUACUUUUUUGGUGUCGAUGAUGGAACCUCCGAAUUCAGACAGUUUAUGUGAUCGCUUUGUGACUGGGAAUUUAGACCUUGAUAACUGGAUUUGGAUUAUUGAGUACUUUGCGAAAUUCAAAACUGAGCUUUGGAUGUUAAAUGAUGUGUUUGAAAUGGCUCCUAAGCUUCCAGAUUAUUUGGGUGAAUAUACCAAUGAGAUGGUAGCUUUCAGAUGCUUAGCUUCUUUGUUUGAUUCUGAUCUUGUUUCUGAAGCUGACUCAAAGAUCGAGUUUGACUCGUCCGAGAGCUGUGAAUAUGUACUCCAAUGUAUCUUGGAUGAGAUACCUUUAUCGGAACUGAAACCGGGUGCACCGGGACUAUCGAAGUGGAAUCUUCAACCCUUUAUCAAAAGCAAACUUCUUUGUCUACCAAAAUGUGUUUUGGAACUGAUGAUUGAACCAUCUUCCUGUGAGAAUGAUACUGAAGUAUCUCCUUGUGAUGUCGAAGAGACUGAUCGAGUUGCUCCUCCAAUGGGGAGAACAGAAGACGGACAUUCAUUAUGUCGCGGCCUUGGAGAUGGGGCUGAUGAGAUUAGUAGAUCCCAUGAGUUGUUCGAAAGAAGAAACGAGGGAUAUCGAUAUGAAAGCGAUGGUCAUUUGUCAAGUCCUGCAGAGAAAAUAUACCGAUGUGUUAAAUGCAAAGAAAGUAGGAAGCUGUUGUUUUGCUCUAGUGAUGGCUGCGAAGUUAUGGUUCAUCAGAAAUGUUUGGAUUCACCACCUUCUUACGAUGAUGCUGGAAAUUUUUACUGCUCUCUCUGUGCUUCAGCUGAAUAUGUUCAGUCUCAAGAUGAAGUGGCUAAAGCAAAGAAGAAACUAGUUUCGUUUCUUAGACUAAUGUCAGAGGUUAACAAGAAGAAAUCUAUUAAGGGAACCUGAACACUUUGUAGGAUAUAAAGCCUUGUUCAUAUAUUCUACGAUUGUCAAUAAAGGAAAAUUACAUUU